CGCUCGUCCCUGCGCACAGGUGCUGCGUAUGACGACCACGUAAACUUCCCGACCAGCCAUCGGGACACGAGGAGGCGGGAAGGUGGAGACGGCGGCCGCUUCGGCUACGGCUCCGUCCCAGUCCACGUCCCGGGCCGCGACUUAAACCACCACCUCGGCCACCACCACGGUCACGGCCCGCACUUCGGGCCGCCCGAGUUCGAUCCAGAGUUCGACCCCGACUUCGACCCCGACUUCGAUCCGGACUUCCGCCCUCAGCCGGGACCCUACCGGCCCACGAUGCCCCUGUCGCCCCCGCGCCAGCCGCAGCCCCCUCGGCCACAGGGUCCCGGCCGCGUCGGCGGUCCACGCCUCCCGUACGGCCCCGGCAACAGGGACAAUGGCAACAACCGCGCCAGUGCCAGCGCCAGUGCCAGUGCCAGCGCUAGCGCCAGCUCUGGCGGAGGUAGCAGGGCCAGUGCCAGUGCCAGCGCGAGCGCCAGCGCCAGCUCCAACGCCCGUUGUGGCGUCACCAUCGAGCUCACACGCAUCGUGUUCGGCAACGUCUCCGAGCCGGGCCAGUUCCCCUGGCAGGCGGCGUUCGCGCGGGACUGCCUGGAGACGCACUGCGCGCCGCCGCCCGUCGACUUCGCCGUGGAGCGGCAGCUGCUGCAUCCGGGCUACGUGGCGGUCAAGAAGCCGCCGCCGGGCGCCCGCCACAACGCCGCCGACAUCGCCCUGCUGCGCCUCGACCGGCCCGCGCCCUACACCGACUACAUCCGGCCGCUGUGCUUGCCCGAGGUGGCGGCCGACGCCCGCAGCGGCGACGCCGACGCUCGGCAGGGCGAGCGCCUCACCGUGGCCGGAUGGGGCGCCACCGAGAACGCUGGUGGGCGUGGUGUCGUUCGGCGGGCCGUGCGGCCGGGACCAGCCGGCCGUGUACACGCGCGUCGCCGCAUUCCUCCCCUGGCUGCGGGAGAACAUGCGCCCCUGAGGUUCGCCGCCUCCUCCACCGCCGCCGCCGCCGCCGCCGCCAAGCAACGGGACUGCGGGUGAACGCUCGCGGCGGCGCCUGUCCGCCUCGCCGCCCCCGCCGCCCGCGCGCCCGACGCCAGUGCCCGCCACGAGGACCGCCCGCUGGCCGCGGAAGCAGCCUCUGCCGACUCGCGAUGCGACAUCGAUGUCCAUGUUUUCAAAACAUCCAUGUUGUUGUUGUUGUUUUUUUUGUUGUAAAUUCAUCGAUGUAUUUUACAUCGACAUUUUGGGGCUCGCGUUUUUAACAAAUUUUGUGUUCGAUGAUUUACGUGAUUUAUACUUGUUAAAAUGUCCAUCAUAAAAAUUGCUAUUCUAAUUAUCUGAUAACUAUAAAUUGAAUGUUCUUCAGACCAAUGUGACUAAAGGUGAAAAAUAAAUAAAAUCAAGUUUUCGUCAAUAAAGAAGUCUAUAUUAUUUUUAAUUAUUAUACUGAGGUAAUUCAAGUUUACUUAAUUAUCCUGAUGAUUUUGACUUUGU